AUGGCAAACUGGAAAGAGAAAGGUUUCGUUCCUGACACAGAUGAUGAAUGUGAAUUUACUCAAGAUACACAAGAGAAAGUCUACUGCAAACGUUUAAUAAAUCAGCUACAAAAUAAACCCGGCGGGUUUGCUGGAGCCCAUAACGACGAUGUUGAAAGAAGUGCGCCGAAAUAUGUGAAUGAUCAAGAACAAUUACGAAAUCUAGAUUGUAAAACAUUCUCUCUAAAUCAUGAUACAACUAAUUACGAAGUUCAUGCUUCACCAACACUCCGUAUCCUCGAGUUGGACAAAAAGGACGGAUUCAAUUCUUGCACAUCUAGUAUUAUGGGAAGCCAAAAAUUAAAUGAGCUGAACCAGCUAAUAACGGAGGCCAACCAUGUAGCUGCAACUGAUCAACAAAAUCUGUCAAUCUCGGGCGGCUGGUCGGGCUCCAAAGUCAACUUAUGCUCAACUACAACAGAUAAAGCUCGAGAAGAGGAUUACUCAAAUAGUCAAGUUUCAUCACUCUCACAACCUACAUUUUUCAAAAAUCCAGAACCAUUUUGGGAAGAUGACCAAGAAAUUGAGAGUAAAAUUAACACCUACAGUCAAGAUAUAUCUUUAACUGAUGGUUUCUCCAGAAGCUACGUCCAAAUUACCUCCCCAGCUUCGAGUAUUUUGUCAUCUCCACCGAGCUCUAUGCCAGAUUUUUUCGAAUAUCAAACAACAAGAAGCUCCGAUCUAAAUGCAGGAGUAAAGGAAGCCUUGGUAGAAGAAAAUGUUAAAGCUAUGCCUGAGUCGAAUAUUUUUGAGUCUGAAUCGGUCAACAAUUUUGAAUAUCCUAUGAGACGUGCUCUUCGACAUCGAAAUCCGAUUCAAUUGCAUCCGUACAUUAUGGAACAGGAAAAGUAUAAACAAACUCUAAGGGCUCGGGGUGUUGCACCUAUAAUGAUGUUUCCGUCCCAGAAUAAUCGAAACCAAAAAUCUUAUCAAGAUACAUUACUCAGUAAUGAAUAUGAAGAAGAAUCACAGGAACUUGGGACUUUGCCUCUAUCAUCUAAUAUUUCCGAUGGUCAAGAUUGGAUCCCAAUAUCACCAUCUUGCUCAAUUAGAUCUAUGGUAAACCCCAAAACUUUGAGUAACCUUAGUGAAUCUCCAAAAUCAAAUAUUACAACCACGAAUUGUGAAAAUUCUCCAGAUCUACGUAAAACCCUGUCUGGAGGGAGAUAUUUCAGGAGGAUAAAAAAAUUGUCAAAUCACUCGACCAAUUCCAGCAAAAGUGAACGUCAAAUUUCACCCAUCAGUAACACCCCACCAGAUAAAUCUCUUUUUAGCGCUUCCACUGAUAUUGUUAAUAAUAUUAAAACAAUUUCUGGAGAAAAGAAACCGGAACCGGCUCAAACGCCAGAAACCUACCCGUUUUCGGAAUCAAAAUUUACAAGGUCCCCCUUAGAAACUUUCAGGAAACCUUCUGAUGGGAGCAUGCUAGAUUUAGAAAUUGAGACCAAUGUUCAAACACUGGCCAGUAACCCCAGAUCAUCUAUGGAUCCUAUCAUGCUUGAUUCUGACUCAGAUCUUAACUUGGAUGGACCAUUUGCUAAUGUCUCAGAAUCAGUGCCAUGUGAUGCAUCUUCAGAUGAGUCUGUACAAAUUCGUAAAGUCGGAAAGAGGUUCCGUGGGGUACUUCCCGCAUCUCAUCUACGGCUGGAUACUUUCAAAAAAUCCCGAGCUCCAGCUCGAGAUUCUCGAAACUUUCUCAGUAAAUCCAAUUUAUAUGGUCAAUCUCGAAAAGGCGUUGCAGUUCCUAAACCUCUAAAUAAUGAGAACAGUUUUUCGGCUUCACUUACUCAAGAGCCACUAGUCUUCACAGAUAGCACGGAUGUAUCGGAGGAUGAACAAAAACAGGGCAAGAUAAACAACUUUAUUCAGCAAACAAUAUCACCGGUACUAAAACCUACUAAAUUCUUAAAUUAUUUAAGCUGUUCGGACGAGUCGAUCGAUGAUUUAUUGCCGUCACACGUACGUCAGUCAUCCAGAAAUUUACUGCACCAGUACAAGGCGAUAGGCCCCCAAAGCUCGAGAUACCAUGCGAAGGCGACCAAAGGUUUCAAGAGGCCUCGUGAAAACGAUGAAGGAAAAUCAGUCAAACCUAGCAAAAGGCAUAAAACGGGUAAAGUCGUAAAUCGUCAGCUUGAUAUGAGAAAAUGUGCGCUACCAAAGCGUACAAAAACACAAAAACUCAGUAUUCUAGAUGUUCCUGAUUACAGUGUAGGAGAAACCCAGAGUACUCCUAAUUUUAUUAAAAUUGCGGCCCGCACGGUAAAUUUGAGGAAGGACCGAGGUAGACAUUAUCCCUGCCAAAAAUAUAUCCGACUUUCAACUGAGGAAGAUACUCAUGAUGUUAACUCUAUAAUUAAUGAUUGGAAAGAGGGAAAAAUAAUCCGGAAGCCAUCGCAAAAAAGACCAGCCAAAUUUUCAAGUAAACUGGAGGAUCCGUCAGGAUGCAAGAACACUAUCCAACAUCCUAAAAAUUCCGUUGAACCAGAGAUGAAUGGGAUCUUGUGUAAAAAUCCGCGGGAAUUUGUCUUCAACAGCAGAAAUAUCCAGCAGUCUAUGUAUAAGUUCGUGUCCGUUCGAAAUGUCCCACUUCUCUCUAGCUUUUCUCAACCCCUAAAAUUUUCUCACCGCUAUAGAUCAAUUCUUAAAAAUAAACCUAUAGCCACUCGUAUUUCACGUCCCGCCCAACUUGAAUCAUCUUGUUUCGGAAAUUCUAUUCAUAACGAUACCGUAGCAUUUAAACUUCAAAAAGCAAAACUUGAUGAAACUUGGCAAAAUCUCCAGAGGUGGCCCAAGAAUAGUAUCAAAUCUCAAGUCAACUAUUUUCUAAAUAGAAAGCCUUCAUUUCCGGCAGCAGAAACAGAUUUUGACCUUAAAUGUCUCGGAGACAUCAGCUCAAAGCAACAACUGCCACCCACAUGUAUUCCUCGGCGGCAGAAAAGACAACCUAAAAGACUCGAUACUAGCGCUGCAAAAUAUCGACAACUUACGAGUACUUUAAUUCCGAGAUUCUUCGAGCGAGAAAAAAUUGCUGGUGUAUCUGAUAACAAACUAUCAGGCUUAGCAAAACUAAGCACGGAAUAUCCACUCCAUUUUAAUAUAUCCCCAUUACGGCAAGGAACUCACUUUCAAAAUAAUACAUUUAUCGGUUCCGGCCGACUAAGAAUGACUAUUCAGCCUUCGUUGAAAGAAAAUUUUUCGGGAGGGACAAUUACGCUUAGACUGACGGAGAGAAAUUUUUCCUGGAAUACGUGGAAUGAAACUUCUGCUUCAGAAGUAGGAAUUUGUUUUGAUAUACUUUCAGACUGGCUUACGGAGUGUGAAAAUUCAAGAUUUCCUUCAACAGAGGUUAGGGAAAUAGCUAUUUUUGUCCUAGAUUAUACGCAGCAAUAUGUUUCGUUUGAUGGGCUACUUGGCCAAGAAAGUUUUCUUUUAAGAAUGUCACAAAUUCUCCAGGAAUUCUCGUCUCGUAUAAAUCUCAACUUACAACCAACAAUGAUGCAGCUCAAUCAGUUUCUUGAGGUGCUCUCUAUUUCAUCUGUGCUCGUACUUGAUUUGUUGCAAAAAGCUCGCGUUAAUGUUGAAGCUCGAACCUUGAUAAUGGAGCUCGAAGAAUCCCUAAAAAAAAUAGCGUCUUUUUGUACUUAUACUUUACUACUUCAAGGACUAGAAAAUAUCCAAAAAAUAUAUGACGAUACUCAGUACUAUUCAUUUCGGGUAUCAGGGAUUGGCAACAAAGACUACCCUAUCCAAGGAUGGGUAAUAAUUAUGACCGUUCUCAAAGUGGCCUGUAUACCUAGAUCUUCGUUUUGGGAGGUAACAAAUUCAAGGCUUCAAUUAAGUGAGAUCAACAAUGUUUUUGAUGCUGAAACCAUCGAGAAAUUAUGGUACUCCAUGUACACUCUACUACCACUUACUGAAGUUGAUGAAAUCGGAAAAGUUGUAACCGGCAAACGAUAUACAAUACCGCAUGAGAACUGGGCUCUCCCAAAACAGAUACUCAAAAGAGUGUUUACUUUGUAUAAAUUGAACCAACGUCAAUUUCCUGGCUUUAAUAAGUAUUGUAGAACUCUUCUUACGAGAUGUUACUAUUUAAUGGUUGACUGGGGAUGGCGAAAAUCCUCAUCUAUCAUUGGGUCAAUAUUCGACUUCUUUGCCUCACAAAAUCUAUCACACCUCCGCAACGAAGAAGUUUAUCACUCGCCGCAAUUUCUUGAAAAACUCGAUACAAUGCCAUCGUUAGCUAUAGAGCCAGAGGACUGCUGUUUCCAUAUAUUUCUCAAAAUUGUUGCUUUAGAAUUUCAAAAUUUACGUCAAGUUAAUGAUCUGAAAAGCAUCCGAAACCUGGGGGCUAGACUACUUCCAAAUCAUGACCGACAAUAUCCUAAAGAGGAAGAUAUUUAUCAGCGAGAUUUGGCAUCGUUAAGGAAUCACCAUGAUCUACUUUGUACAUUAUUUUGGUCAAUGCCAUCGGAUGAAAGACCUUCGAUUUCUUUCGUACAAGAGCUCGUCAUUCCUGAUCUUUCACACAAAGAAGCUUGUCUUAUAAACCUCAGAUCAUGGGAAAAUUUAACAAAAUUCAUUGUUACAACUACAACUGAUCCGAUAGAGUAUCAGCCUUUUAGAGAUUGGCAAUCUACAUUUUUCAUGAGCAUGUAUAAUCAAUACAAUGAGGCAGAGUCAGAAGCAAGGCAUCAGCUAAAAGAAAUGACCGAAAAUAAAAUAGACUCAGUGGUCGAAGCUCACAUGGCAGAUAUCAUUAUGAAAAAUAAAAGAAAUAUCCUUGUAACAAUGUGUAAAUCUAUUGAAGCCAUGGGAAAUAUCAUCAAAGUUGCUAAGUGUGAAUCGAUUAUAAAAAUUUCUCUUAAUACUGACAUACUAUUAAAGGCUUUAGAUUCCAAUAUAUACACUAAAGAUAGACUUCAAGACACUCUUCUGAAGGAAGUGAUACAAGUAUUAACUAGUUAUAUGGAUCAGGUUGACAGAAUUUAUCCGGUAUCACUUACUGAGUCUUUAAAUGAAAUUUCUACAAACCAAGAAAGUCAGGAUAGCCUCGAUAUAGUGAACUGGAAUCGCCUGGAAAUGAUUUCUCCACUAGAAUCUUUGCUCGGUCCUCUACGGCCGGUCUUGAAAACUGUUGUUGAAACAAAGGCCAAUAAAGAAAGUGACCGCAUUUUGGCUACCCGUCUAAUUGAUUGUUACGGGCGACUGAUCUCUAUCGUUACUGAAAACGAAAGAUUUCAAAAACUCUUUUCAAUUGAUAUGAAUACUGUGUUCGAAAGUCGUCGAAGAUUUACCAGUAAUUUAGAUUGUUGGUCACUUUUUAUCGCAAAGCUUCUAAGUUACGGGAAAUCGUUACACGACCUUAAAUUUUAUGGUUUUGAUCUAGGUCUCGAAUGGUUUUUAGCACUAGUUAAAUUAGAACCAAUUUCCACGCCAGAAACGAUGCUCACAUUUCAACUGCAGCAAAAAGGUUACUAUUUAUGUAACACAUUUGAACUUCACAAACUUCAUCGUACGCAAGUAAUAAAAGCUAUCGUCUGUGAGAUGAAUAACCUUCUUGUCGAGAAUUUAACUGAGGUAAAGGCUGGUCUUACACAGAAACAAGCGCAGCAAUACUUUUCGCAUAUACUUGGCGAAGGCUUGAGAUUUAUUCAAAACACUCUUGAAACCGUUAAGGUGAAUUCCGACGCGCAUAUCAAAUAUCUAGCCUUCGCGCGAAGUAUAGUCACAAAUAUUAGAAGCUACGCAAGUGGAUUCAGAAAAAUCCCUGAAUUUUUUAUUCACCCAUCUGUACACUAUUGGCCAAAUGAUGAUGAUCCUAAUCUUUAUGUGGCAGGUAUCAUUUCGUACAGUGUUAGACUCAGUCAACUAACAAAAAGAACUUCUUUUGAGUUUCUCUACUAUAUCUAUAAUGGGUGGAUGAACGCACUUGUAACUGAUCAUUUGAAAGAAUACAAACGUCAUGUGCAUCACGGAAUGCGGUGUAAAAAUUUUACGAAAUUCAUGCUUGUAGAAUUUGUACCAGCUAUCCUGAAAGUUGGGUUUAAUUUAAGUGCAUGGAUAUUAUGCGCCACCUUUCUACCCGCUAUAAGCUAUCGAAUCAGCCGAAUUUUGGAGACCAAUGGUUCUGAAUCGCUCUGGAUGUUUGAGCAGCUUAUUAAUAACCUCAAAAUUAUUUUGAAUUAUACUAGUAGUCUCGCGCAAAGGCCUCCACAAGAUCUUAGGGGCCCUCAUAAAAAUCAUCGAGGCAUACUAUCAGUAGUCUUUCAGUUCUGGAUGCAAAUUGCUCCCAGCUUAUGCCAGUAUAUGGAGAGACGACCACAACUGGUUGAAACUACAACAACAGUCAUAGAUUCUUUUAACAGAUUUAUUUACUCUUUACUUCAAUGUUUUACUGACGGGAAGAUACACCAGCAAAGUAAAAUCCAGGAAUAUAGCAUAAAGCAGGGGCGAUACACAAUGGAAUUCGUCAAUUUUUUUGAGAGAGAAAUCCAGGAUUGCUGGCAAUUUAUUGAGGAUUCAAAGUUUGGCAUCAUUAUAAAAACACGUUCACAGGAGAUGAGCUCGGAGCUAUGGUUUGAGAGCACGCUAGGUGAAGUGCUCACGCAAGAAAUUAAAACUUACGAAGUUUUCUUUGAAAAUACCGAGGACUUGAAAAUACCGGCUAUUGAAAAUUUACUAAUACAUGAGCUAAUAAUUUAA